CGAUUCAAGAUUUCAAAGUCCCACAGCCGGCCCCCUGGUGCCAUGGGAGCACGGCUGCUGGCGAUAUGGUGCUUAUUUCUUGGAGCCAAAGCGCAAGAUGACUCGAGGAAUUUUUCAAACCUAUCCGCCCGACGGAGUGGGAAUCCUUUCCGGGGUUCACCGAUUGUGACACCUGGAGAAGAAAUCGACUGUUCGGAAACAUGUAGUAGAAGGCACCAUUGUCAAGACUGGCCUCUGCGAAUGUGUGGGAAAGAUCCUCAUUGUGACAAAGCCGUGUGCUUGCACAAGCAGCUUUUCCCCAUGCUGCCGCUGGAUGUGACGUUCUUCUUUGUGAUCUUCAUGGUCUCCUUUCUGGCAGGUGCUCCAGGCAUCGGAGGUGGUGGCAUCAAUGUGCCCUUGCUGAUGAUGCUGAACCGGUUUACCAUCAAGGAAGCUGUUCCGAUCUCCCACAUUGCCGUGAUGGGCAAUGCCUUGUCCCAGCUGCUGUUCAACACCCGCCUGCGACAUCCUUCGAUGUCCUUACGGCCAUUGAUACACUAUGAGAUUGCGGCUGUCCUGCUACCUGCAAUGUUGGGAGGCAACUCUCUUGGUAUCGUGGUGUCCAAGGUCUUUCCGCCCACAGCGCUGGUGCUGCUGUCGCUCAUCCUCUUGCUCUUUGCAGCUGCUAAGACCAUGCACAAAGGACUGGUUGCCUUUCGGAACUCUGGACCUGCCAAAGGUUCGGCCAUCAGCAUGAACAACCUGCAGCGACCGGUUCUGGAUGUUAGGGAUAACCUCUCGAUCGCUUCGGAUUCCGUGCUCCAUGGAGCGGGUCCGCGGCGUCACCAGAAUUCAUCGUCCACCGGGCAGCUGUCCAUGCAGUCCAGGUCCUUUGAAGAUCAGUUGCCGGUCCGAAUCCCGUGGAAGACCAUUUGGUUCAUGGUGGCCUUCAAUGUGAUCUUUUGCCUGGACUAUUUGGCCAUGUCUCAAGACGUUGAUGGCGUGGAGAAGUGCUCGGUACUUUACUGGAUUGCGCUGCUGGGCCUGUAUCCAGUGGUUGCCCUCUCCCUCCUGCUGGCCAUCAGGUUUAUGCGUGAGCUGGCAGAGUGGCAUGCCUCCCGCCACGACCCACCGGUACAAGGGGACCCUGUCCUUGGAAGGGCUGGAUUGGUUGUGGUGCCAUUUCUGGCCAUGGCCGUUGGAUUGCUGGCAGGGCUCCUAGGUCUUGGUGGAGGGGAAUUCAUGGUGCCUUUGUUGCUUGAGCUCGGCGUACAAGCGCGAGUCGCAGCGGCCACCUCUGGUUUUCUGAUUUUCUUCAACACCUCUUCCAAUGUUGUUCACUAUUUGGUGGCUGGCACGAUCGAGCCAUUCAUGGGCUACGGCAUUGCCUGCUUCUUCAUGGCGAUGAUGGGCUCCUUCUGCGGCCUGCUGGCGGGAAACACGCAGUACGUCCAGAACCACAGCUACAUUAUCAUUUUCUUAGUGGCGUUUGCGCUAUUGGCAUCCGCUGCACUGCUGCUUUUCCGUGGCUUCUCUGAAAUCAACUGGACCUUUGGAGGUUUCUGCUGAGAGCACCAUUUGUGGGUCAUCAAGUUUCCACCGGGGAGCGCUCAAAAUGCC